AUGCUCAUGGGACACGCAAACAUGCGCGUGGCUCGCCCAACGCUCAUCAUCGUCCUCACCCUCGUCUCGGUAUGGUUCACAGGCUUCAUCCUCCUCCUCGCCCACACCGGCUCCCUCUCAAACCCAGUCGAAGCCGGCCGCUCGCUCCUCGCCAACCUCGCCGCCGGGCCCCAAGUGUACACCCAGGCGCCUGCCACCCAGGAACCUUAUCAGUAUUCUUGCUCCAGCCUGCCCUUCCACGCCGCCGAGCUCAGCGACCUGGAUGCACGCUGGGGCAAGGUCGCGCUCGAGAUGAGUGUCGCGCACCGUGGCUCUGGCAUCCGCAUGCGUCGUGCCCUCCGCCGUCUCAUCAGUGGCGAACCGUUUCUCAUCGCGGUCAUUGGCGGCUCCAUCUCCGAAGGCCAUGGUAUCCACAGGGACACUGGCGGCCUUCCCUACGCCGAACACUUGCAAAACACGCUCCAAAAGGUGUAUCCCAACGUUACUGUUCACAACGGCGGCCGAGCUGGACACGGCACAGACUACUUUUCCAACUGCUACCAACUCCAUUCGCCCGUGGACGCCGACCUGUACAUCCUCGAGUCGGCCGUCAAUGACCUUGAAAAUGAAAUGAAGGUGUCGACCGCUGGUGAAAAGCUUGACAUUGUCGGUUACACGGAGAUUCUCGUCCGCCAGCUCUUGUCAAACCGCCCCGACAACGCAGUCAUGAUGCUGUCGUCGUUUGGCUCGGACAAGCCCUUUGGCAAUGCCGCUCACUUGCACAACGUCGUCUCAGAGUACUACGACAUUCCUCGCAUGUCCAUGCGCAUCUUCAUGUACCCGUACAUGCUGCAGUUCCCCGACGAGCGCAAGUCGCACUUUGACAACCCGGACAUUCGCCACCCCAACGGCCGCGGACACAAGUACAUGGCGGACAUUUUGCUGCGGUACAUUCUGCGCGAGGCAUGCCGUGCCGCCCAUGAGCAGGACGAGGACAUUGUGCCCCACUCUCUCGCCGAGUACGUGCCGGCCGUGGAAGGACUGGACCCAACCGAACCCGUCAGCUACGACCCGGCUCGCGUCAACGACGACGACAAGCAGUGGCUUCCUUACCCCGGCGUGGGCGGCUCGCUGCUCAAGUACAAGUGGGACCCCUUCACGCUCCCGUCGCUGCGUAUCGGCCAGCACUGGCUGCAGGACAAGCACGCGCGCCCCGAGGGCGCUGCGUUCUGCACGACGGCCGACGUCCUCGCAGCCGAUGGCCUGCCCACCAUGCGCCCCGUGGCCAACAAUGGCUGGGAACACUAUGUCAACCGCGGCAAGCACUACUGGAAGGCCACGCAGCCCGGAUCGACCAUUACGUUUGACAACAUUGAAGUGCACGCCGGCAUCCUCUCCGUGUUCCACAUGCGCUGCGACCAAAACUACGGCAACGCAAAGUGCUGGGUCGACAACAACAAGAACCAGGCCGUCACCAUUGUCUCGACGUGGAAGUCGGUGUGCAUCUCCGCACUGCACGUCGUCUCGGAAAAACUCAACCCGGGCAAGCACUCGCUCACCUGUGAGGUGCUCGAGGAGACAGACGACAAGAACGGACAGCACGACUUUGCCAUUUCCGCCAUCGUCUCGCACUAG